AUGCCGUACUUGCAUACGUGUUCCACCAUGGCGCGCACUGCAUCCACAGCGGCUAUCAACGGGAGCGGCCUCUUCUGGCCGCGCGGCAGUGUUGGUGCUGGCGGUGAACGGGCGGCGCGUGGCGGUGCGCGACGUGGAUCCGCGCAUGUCGCUCGCCGAGUUCCUCCGCACCCGCAACGCGCUCACUGGCACCAAGCUCGGCUGCGGGGAAGGUGCGCGCUCCUGGGGAUGCGGGGAAGGUGCGCGCGUGUGGGGAUUCGGGGAAGCACACCUCGUUUCUGCCUCGAGGACAUCCAAGGUGCGCCCUCGCCUCUCCCCGCGGCCAUCCCUGACCGCUCUCACCACCGCACGCCUUACGACCUCUCCCCUUGCCUCCCCCUCUCCCCCCUCACCCUCUUCUUCCCCCCUGCCCCUUUCAUCUACCCCUCCCUCCCCCCCAGACUCGUCUCCCAAGAGGAUGGGUGCGGGGCGUGUGCAGUGAUGGUGACGCGCUACGAACCGCUCACCCACACCAUCGAACUGCUCGCUCAACGCCUGCCUGCUAUCGCUCGCCUCGCUGCACCUCGACGCCGUCACCACCGAGGAUCUGUGCCACUUGUCCCCGCCAACCCAUGCAGAGCGGAGCUCCCCUCGACAUGGCUGCACAGCAGCAGCGCGACCAGCACGUAUGGGCGGUGGUGCCUCACGCGGUGCAGCAGCGGCUGGCGGGGUUCCACGCGUCGCAGUGCGGCUUCUGCACGCCCGGCAUCUCCAUCGCCCUCCAUGCUGACCUGCGCUGCCACCGCUCCCGCAGGCGGUGCAAGUGGAGGUGGUGCAGCGGGUGCAGGGGGCACAGCAGGGUGCGCAGCAGGGGGCGCAGCAGGGGGCGCGGCAGGGGGCGCUGCAGGGGGCGCAGCAGGGGGCGCAGCAGGGGGCGCAGCAGGGGGCGCAACAGGGGGCGCAGCAGGGGGCGCAGCAGGGGGCACAGCAGGGGGCGCAGCAGGGGGCGCAGCAGGGGGCACAGAAGGGGGCGCAGCAGGGAGCGCAGCAGAGGGUACAGCAGGGGGCGCAGCAGGGGGCGCAGCAGGGGAGCUGAUGAACGAGGAGGAGGCGGGGUCCGAGUUCGCGCUGCGUGCACCUACUAGGGCGCCAGGGAAGGGGGGUGCAGUGGCGCAGCGGGGCACCGAGUGCAGCAACCCAUGCAUCGCUGAGUGCAGCAACCCACGCAUCGCUGAGUGCAGCAACCCAUGCAUCGCUGAGUGCAGCAACCCAUGCCUCGCUGAGUGCAGCAACCCAUGCAUCGCUGAGUGCAGCAACCCAUGCAUCACUGAGUGCAGCAACCCAUGCAUCGCUGAGUGCAGCAACCCAUGCAUCGCUGAGUGCAGUGGGGUGUGCAGCGCGCCUAGCAAGCCCCUCCCAUGCUACAAUCCCCUCUGUGACCCGCCCUUCCCCGCGUGGCUCAAGGUGGAGUCGAAGCAGCACACCAGCAGGCUGCAGGGGCACGCACGGAGGGAGGUAAGAUGCUUCUCCACUCUUCACCUUGAAGACCCACUUGCUGCUGGCCGCGCGGCAGUGCUGGUGCUGGCGGUGAACGGGCGGCGCGUGGCGGUGCGCGACGUGGAUCCGCGCAUGUCGCUCACCGAGUUCCUCCGCACCCGCAACGCGCUCACUGGCACCAAGCUCGGCUGCGGGGAAGGUGCGCGCUCCUGGGGAUGCGGGGAAGGUGCGCGCGUGUGGGGAUUCGGGGAAGGUGCGCGCUCCUGGGGCUGCGUUGAAGGUGCGCCCUCGCCUCUCCCCGCGGCCAUCCCUGACCGCUCUCACCACCGCACGCCUUACGACCUCUCCCCUUGCCUCCCCCUCUCCCCCCUCACCCUCUUCUUCCCCCCUGCCCCUUUCAUCUACCCCUCCCUCCCCCCCAGACUCGUCUCCCAAGAGGAUGGGUGCGGGGCGUGUGCAGUGAUGGUGACGCGCUACGAACCGCUCACCCACACCAUCGAACUGCUCGCUCAACGCCUGCCUGCUAUCGCUCGCCUCGCUGCACCUCGACGCCGUCACCACCGAGGAUCUGUGCCACUUGUCCCCGCCAACCCAUGCAGAGCGGAGCUCCCCUCGACAUGGCUGCACAGCAGCAGCGCGACCAGCACGUAUGGGCGGUGGUGCCUCACGCGGUGCAGCAGCGGCUGGCGGGGUUCCACGCAUCGCAGUGCGGCUUCUGCACGCCCGGCAUCUCCAUCGCCCUCCAUGCUGACCUGCGCUGCCACCGCUCCCGCAGGCGGUGCAAGUGGAGGUGGUGCAGCGGGUGCAGGGGGCACAGCAGGGUGCGCAGCAGGGGGCGCAGCAGGGGGCGCGGCAGGGGGCGCUGCAGGGGGCGCAGCAGGGGGCGCAGCAGGGGGCGCAACAGGGGGCGCAGCAGGGGGCGCAGCAGGGGGCACAGCAGGGGGCGCAGCAGGGGGCGCAGCAGGGGGCACAGAAGGGGGCGCAGCAGGGAGCGCAGCAGAGGGUACAGCAGGGGGCGCAGCAGGGGGCGCAGCAGGGGAGCUGAUGAACGAGGAGGAGGCGGGGUCCGAGUUCGCGCUGCGUGCACCUACUAGGGCGCCAGGGAAGGGGGGUGCAGUGGCGCAGCGGGGCACCGAGUGCAGCAACCCAUGCAUCGCUGAGUGCAGCAACCCACGCAUCGCUGAGUGCAGCAACCCAUGCAUCGCUGAGUGCAGCAACCCAUGCCUCGCUGAGUGCAGCAACCCAUGCAUCGCUGAGUGCAGCAACCCAUGCAUCACUGAGUGCAGCAACCCAUGCAUCGCUGAGUGCAGCAACCCAUGCAUCGCUGAGUGCAGUGGGGUGUGCAGCGCGCCUAGCAAGCCCCUCCCAUGCUACAAUCCCCUCUGUGACCCGCCCAUCCCCGCGUGGCUCAAGGUGGAGUCGAAGCAGCACACCAGCAGGCUGCAGGGGCACGCACGGAGGGAGGUGGCAGUGGCAUGUGCGCUGGCAGCGCAGUGCCAUACACCACCGGGUGCGCAUGGCACUGGACCGCAAGGUGCCUCACACGCGGGCGCCACGAGACGUGCUCACGACUCCCUCGCCUCUGUUGCCCAUCGGGACGGACCUGCCUACGCACAGCACAGUGAGGGCGCCAGGCCAUGUGCAGGGCGUGCUGGUGGCGUGCUGGUGGCGUGCUGGUGGCGUGCUGGUGGCGUGCUGCACAUUGAGGGCGCUCCAAUGCCUGUCCCCCUCUCUUGCCGUCUCACCUCCUCUCUCAUCUCCUAUUCUCUCCCCCUCCCUGGCCACACUCCCUUUCAUACUGCUCCUCUGCUCCCGCUGCUGCUCCCACUCCUGUUGCCAUUUCCUGCCACGGCUCCACUUUCCCUUGACCCAUCACAGUGUGAGGGAAGCAGUGCUGCUGGGGUCGGUGACAGUGACAGUAACGCCAACUAUAGCACCAGCAGUAGCACCUUGCAUCAUGACAGCGAAGCAGUGGAGGAAGUGGGGGAUAAUGAGGAGGAGGAGGGUAAGGAGGAGGGUGUGGAGGAUAAGGAGGACGGAGAGGAGGGGGAUGAGGAUGAGGGUGUGAUAGCACAGCGAGUGUGGAGGGAGGCGAAGGCCCUUGCGAGCUACACCGAGCGUGCAGCAGCGGUAGAGGCAUUCAACGCAGCACACGUGUGGCGCAAGCGGGGCCUGGCCAUGGCGCCCGCACUCUACCAUGUGCCGCUGCUCGCCAAGCCCGCUCGCGUGACGGUGUUUGGCGACGGGUCGGUGGUGGUGGAGGCGGGUGGUGUAGAGAUGGGGCAGGGGCUCUCCACCAAGCUGCGCCAGGCCGCUGCCCUCGGCCUCAACGCCCUCUGGGGCACCCCUGCUACCGGCAUAACAGACGCUGGCAGGGGCU